AUGCCGCCUCUGCGAACACACAAAAAAUCCCGCUUGGGUUGUCUGGAGUGUAAGAAACGUCGAGUCAAGUGUGACGAAAAUGGCCCGCCCUGUGGCAGCUGCGCCUUUCGCAAGGUCGAGUGCAUCUACCACAACACUAGUACUACCCCCCCAACAGGCGCGACCUCUUCCCGACCAAGUCACGAUUCGCCACAACCACAGCCACAGGCUGCGACAAGUCCAAAAUCACCUGUCUCUCAUAGCCUGCCGGUCUUAGAUCCCUCCAAUGCGCUUUUAUUAGAGCUGAUGCACAAAUUCUCGUCUGAUACUUACAAAAGCAUCGGCAUGACGCCAUCAGACAGCCUUGCUUGGCAGAUUCGUAUACCUCAGCUCGCUCUUGACUUUGCUUUCCUCUUGGAUGGCCUUUUAUCCGUCGCGGCUCUGCACACAGCCAUUUCAAAAGACCCUCACAAAGCUGAUGCGUAUGUCAACAUCGCAGUAGAAUUUCAAACAAGAUCACUAGAGGAGUUCCAGCACGCCAUCCGCAAUGUGUCUUCUGAAAACUGCGCCGCUGUUUUCGCAUAUUCGAUCUUCACCAUCGUCCAUGGGAUUGUUGUUCCCGAGCUUACGCAUACGAAUCAUGCAGUGCAUGAAUCUGAUGGCUCAAGUCGGCUCGAAUCCAUCUUUGUACUUUUCGAACUUGUCCAGGGAACGACGGAGAUUACCAAACUGUUCGGUCCGGCCCUACGGCGAACAUUUCCGGCAGGGGAUGACUACUGGGCAGGAUCUAGCAACGAACUUGACGAAGAAGGCACCGUAGUCUUCCGCCGUUUACACGAUCUAAAUCGCCUAGAGAACAGCGGCCACUCGGAGAAAUUCCAAAUUAUAGAAACUGCAAUGUCCCAACUCAAGCUGUGCUGGCAGCGGUACCGCGGGCAUCAAGAUUCAGGGUCUGUCUUGACCUGGCUUGCUAUUGUCGAGAGGGAUUUUGUAAAAUACUUACGACAAAAGGAGGCACUUGCACUCCUCAUUCUCGUGCAAUGGGGAUUCCUGCUCGGGCAGCUAGACGGCAAAGUGUGGUGGGCGUCAAACUCCGGGCUGGCUCUGGUUAAUGACGGCUUGGGUAUCCUGGACACAGGAAACCACAUUCGGGCUCCUGAUCUAGCGGCUGCCUGGCUAAUUUACAAGAAUGUUUUGUCGUCGUUUAAUUAUACUGCUCGUCCCAAGUAG